GAUCAAGCAGUGAGAGGGGACGGACGUUGGCCGCUCCUCCGGGCAGAUGUGAGCCUCGCAUACGAUCGCUUCCCUUGUGUCAUCUGGCGUUGAUGGUUGUAGAGUGUGUUGAUUACGAGCCCCUCCGUUACUCUUUCGGCUCGCGAGUGGCGGGCAGUGAGUUUAGUGAUCUUUAUUAGCCAGUAGUGAGUGACACACAUGCGUGACAGUACUUUGGAGAUCCUCGUGGAGUGCAGGUUCCACUAGGGUACAGCCAGGAGUUGAAGUCGCUUCCCCCUGGGAUUAUGGAAAAGGUGGCGGCAGCGGUGACGGAGGGGGACUCCAAGAAGGUCAAGUCCUCCUCCACUUAUAUACCGACAGGUGGCCCUCGGGGUAGCCGCGUGCCGUGGCUCUCCGCCUUCGUGCUCUUUAGCUUGUCCUCGUGGGGCUUCCUCGGCUGGAGGCACCUUGACCUUGAGUGGAGAGUGGGCCGACUGGAGGGCGAGCUAGAGGCCCGCCUCGAGCAUCGACUCCAACAGUUAGGCCUCCAGGUGCCCAUGUCCCCACCUACCCACACCAGGGUGGUGAGAGAGGUGUCCAGGGACGUCUCUGGUGAAGGCUGCAUGUGUCCACCAGGUGCCAAGGGCGAGCCUGGAACCAGAGGGAGAAGAGGCAAGAAAGGAAAAGACGGUGAUGCUGGUCCCAUGGGUCCCAGCGGUCCCCCGGGGAAAAACGGAUUUCCGGGACCCAUCGGCCUUGAUGGACCCAAGGGAGAACCGGGCCCUCCAGGAACACCGGGAGAGAAGGGCAGCAAAGGCGAGCCAGGCAGUGGCUACGAUAUUCUCUCCAAGGCUAAGGGCAUUAAAAGGUCUAUAACAAGCUUGGAGGGUGGCACCUUAGGCUAUGCAGAAAUCAUCGCUAUUAAGGGAACUCCAGGAGGAGUCUGGGAUUCCAUAGACUCUGAUAGAAUAUUAGCUAUUAAAGGAGACCCAGGGAGUCCGGGCCCCCCAGGGAGUCCGGGGCCCAGUGGUAAAGAUGGACUACCUGGCAUGGACGGCAGAGAUGGGUACCCUGGAGAGCCAGGGCCCCCUGGAGAAACGGGUCCGGUUGGUGCGGCGGGGCCCCUCGGACCUCAGGGUCCACCCGGCCCUCAGGGCCCUCAAGGGGAGAGAGGUUUUCGGGGAAUGAUGGGAAUUCCUGGCAUGGACGGCUUACCUGGACCAAUUGGACCACGCGGUUCACCUGGUCUGGAGGGCAAGAACGGAAGUAGGGGCCCACCAGGACUGCGAGGACGGCGGGGUGAGUCUGGGAGAGCAGCGGCGCAGGGACUGCCAGGAAGACUGGGGCCUAAGGGGGAACCAGGCACAGUUGGCCCUGCGGGAGAAAAAGGAGAGAAAGGGUCAACAGGAAUUCAGGGUCCUAAGGGUGAGAUUGGGCCUCGGGGACCGGCAGGUGUGGAUGGUAUUCACGGUGAGUCUGGGCCUCAGGGACCACCAGGGCUACCUGGAGCACUAGGCCCCAAGGGUGAGAAGGGUGAAUAUGGUGACAUUGGCCCACCAGGUUUGAUGGGACCACCAGGCUUACCAGGACCCCCAGGUCUGCCAGGCCUCAAGGGUGACAAGGGUGACAAAGGAGACUCGGAGAGGCCCCAGUUGCACCUUUCUACUGAGCGACCCAAUCGGGGAAGACUUGGUGACUCCAGCAGGACAUGGAAGGAAGUUCCCGGGGAAGUGAUCAUAGGCCCGCCUGGACCCCCAGGUCCGCCAGGAUCUCCAGGACUGCAAGGACCGCCGGGCAUCAAGGGGGCUAUGGGUCUAGAUGGUACAAAGGGCGAUGCGGGUGGAAAGGGCGACAAAGGUGACCCAGGUCCCAUGGGCUUACCAGGUCCAAUGGGGCUCAGAGGAGAACCAGGUCGAGCUGGUGACAGUGGGAAACCUGGUCCAGCGGGUGCACCAGGUCUUGAUGGCAUGAAGGGUGCACGAGGUGAAAUCGGCAGAAAGGGUGAGAGAGGUGACCCUGGCUUACCUGGGACGGACGGUAUUCCAGGGGUUGAGGGUCCAAAGGGAGAGAAAGGGAUGAAAGGGGAACGGGGUCGUCGAGGACGACGUGGAAAGCUUGGGCCUAAAGGUGACAUGGGUGUGCCAGGGCUUGAUGCUCCCUGCCCAACUGGGCCUGACGGACUUCCUCUGCCAGGUUGUGGAUGGCGGCCUGGACAGGGUAAGAAUAUUAUCCGACCCAUAAGUGUGGGAAUUGGCAAAGGAGGGACUCCCAUUGAUGUAUUCCCCCUUGAGUCACCGGUCACACCUUCCACCACUCCACCUUAUGAGGACUAUGAGGAGGACUAUGAGGAUGAUGAGGCAGAGGACUCUUUGAAAUGAGAUCCUCCACUAACUAACUAACACUCCAUCUGUCCUCCUGAGUGAGUGGUCAUGUGAGUUGCACAACAUCAGCUACUUCACUCCUGUAUGAUUUAGAUAUUUUGAAGAAUCAGUUUGGCAGUGAGCAUUGUUAUAAUGAAAUCUUUGUGUAAUUACCAACGGUUCAUUGGUAUGUGUUGCUGCAGAGUGGCAAAAGCCGGGAGAGUAGUGCAGUUUGCAGCACGUGUCAUUGCACAACUUAAGUUUGUGUUGCAACAUGCAUGUUGAAUUUAUUGAUCUUAAUGUGAAGUAUUGAUGUUUACAAAUAAGAGUGAAUGGUGGUUACUGUCUUCUGUAAAUAAUUUGGCAUUUAAAUUUGUUUUACUAUUUUAUAAUUAGUUUGAUUUAAAGCACAUAAUGCCUUUGCCUGGAUAUAUAGAUUCAAUAUGCUUGAAGUACACACAGGUUACACACAGAAAUCACAAUAGCGUGAUGCAUCAAAUGAAC